GUCCCGUCUCUUCCCACGGGAUUAUGGCAACCCUAAAUAGGAGGCGUUCACGGAGGGGUUUGCCAGGGUCGCCCCGAAGUGAGAGCUUACAGGGCCGAGGUCAAAAGCAAGCCAGGAGAGUGGCCUGGAGGAAUCGUACUCCAAGUUGUAGAAGCCAGGAUCCCAACUCCCUGUCUCUGUGCGGAGAGAAAGGAUGGCCCCUUCUAAGCCUAUUACCAGGUUCUGGGAGUGGGGCAAGAACAUCAUCUGCGUGGGGAGGAAUUAUGCGGAGCACGCCAAAGAGAUGAAGAACACCCUUCCCACCGAGCCGCUCUUCUUCCUCAAGCCGUCCUCCGCUUACGUCCGGGAAGGCUCUCCCAUCGUCCGGCCGUACUAUUGCCACAAGCUCCACCACGAGGUGGAACUAGGGGUGGUGAUCGGGAAGAGAGCCCAGGAGGUCCCCCAGGCGGCCGCCAUGGGCCACGUGGCCGGCUACGCCCUCUGCCUGGACAUGACGGCCAGGGACACCCAAGAGGAGUGCAAGGCGAAAGGGCUCCCGUGGACCUUGGCCAAAGGGUUCAGCACCUCCUGUCCGGUCAGUGACUUCAUCCCCAAGGAAAAAGUCCCAGACCCACACCAGCUGAAGAUCUGGCUGAAGGUCAACGGGGAAUUGCGCCAAGAAGGGCAUACGUCGGCCAUGAUCUUCUCCAUCCCUUACGUCAUCAGCUACAUCAGCGGGAUUAUCACGUUGGAAGAAGGGGACGUCAUCCUGACCGGCAGCCCCCAAGGGGUUUCUGCGGUGCAGGAGAAGGAUGAGAUAGAAGCCGGGAUCGAAGGCCUGCUGACGAUGCGCUUCCAGGUAGCGCAGCAGAAGUAUCGGCCUUGAGGUACAAUGUUUCUUUUUUUCCAGGAAGGGGUCACAUUCUGGGCUCCUUCGGACUGGAACAGGAAGGCAGCACACCAUCAUCCUCCUUCUUUCCCAAUGAGCCGGACUUCUCCUCUGCAGGUCCAGGCCAGGAGGCAUGCCCUUUGGAUCAUCCUGGUUCUGACUGCUCUCACAGAGGGCAGAGAGAAGGUUGCAUCCCUCUGCCCAGUUGUUCCCUCUCAACUACAGUUUGGUCCAUUACGUCAAUGAGAAUUUGAAACCUCAACGUGUAUGCGGAAUCGUUGGAUCCGUGGCUCUACUCCAAGAGUGAUUAGUCAGCGCCUGGAUGUAGGACAAAGUUUUUUUCCUCUUUGCUUGCAAAAGAACAAGAUAGAAGGGGAAGGCUUUGUUUACGCCAGGUUGUGUUUAGUAAUAAAAACUGCAACUGUGGCAUUUCUUAAAAAUACAGCCAACAAAUGCAGUAAACAUUCUUUAUUACCACUGUGCCUGAACAGAAUGCAAUGGAGAAUUUUUUCUCAAUAGAUUGUAAUUUAGAAAACAUUUUGCAGUGAAAUCUAAUGGAACUGUGAAUACUAAGGUGUCAAUUAAACAAAACGUUUGUCUUGCUGCAUUCCUUAA